AUGGUCGAUCAGGAGAUCUACGGGAGAUGGUAUGAGGUCGCAGAAAGACUCUACCAUCGUGGGUUGAUUGGCGACCUCCUCGGCGCUCCUGGGAAUAUCAUCAGUCAGGUAUUGUCGCCGCCGGCGGCGACAACUCAGGAGAGUGUAAAGGCAGAGGUGACGACUCCCGCAGCAACAUCACAAGCAGCCGCGGUGCCAGCUACAACACAAGCAGCUGCAGCACCACCAGCCGCGACAACACAACAAGCGGCUGCACCUCCAGCUUCAACUCCGAAACAAGAAGAACAACACCCGACAACAAUCCCAGCUGCGCAAGCCCCGGCAACAACGAAUGCACCAGCUCAGCAGCAACCAACAUCGGCCGCUGUCGCCAACGCCCCAGCGAACAACCAUACUCCGCCCGCCGCUGAAGGCGCCGCAGGUUCUACCACGAAGACCUCAGCUGCCCCUGCCAUAUCUACAAACGCUGCAUCAACAUCUAUGCUAGCAGAUUCUUCUGGAACAGCUCCUGUUGGCACCUCGUCUGGAUUUCGUGGUGUCGAUGCUACGAAAUCAGGAGUCACAAUUUCAACACAAACACCACAGACGCCAGUUGUUGUGCCCCAGGGCAACGAAACAGUCAACCAGACUCCAUUAGUCGCUACUGGUGUUGUGUUGGGUAUAGUGGUCUUGAUGGGCAUAUCUCUUCUGAUCUUCUGGUGCUAUCGACGAAGAAGAAAGGCCAACUUGCAUCACCAGGCAGCUCUUUCUCCCGAAAACCCUCCCAAUGAAUAUUGUGGCGUCGUUCCAAGAUUACGAGUGACCACCAAUCAAAACGUUCCCCCCAUGGCCGAGAACCGUGGUGUCAGUCUUCACGAUCAACUCAUGGUUCAUCAUCCUCAACCCCAACCAGACCCAGUAGAGCAACUUGAACCACAAGCAGAUGAUUCAACCCCUGAACGUUCAAAUCCCUACUCUGGGCUGCCAUUCACUUAUGCUCAAGCUCAACAAUACGCGCAGUCACAUGGAGCUUUCUCUAUACCAGUUCCACCUAUCCCAGAGCCGUCUCCUAUUCGCAUAUUCAGAUGGCCGACACGCUCGUCUCGGUCUGCUGCGUCUUCCGCUCGCAGUGCCAUCUCGGGUUGGCACACAUCCAAAGGUCCUUCAAGAGCAGUGUCUCGAGCAUCACGGAGCACAACGUCCUCCAUGCUGUGGCACGGAAGAAGAGACGUCAUUGCACGGAGGACGAUGACUCAAACUCCCUCUUCUCAAAAGAACGGCUUCCUCGCAGCAAACACUCCCGAAAGCACGAUGCCGGAAGGCCUACACACGCCUAUUUUGGAUUGGUUACAUUGGAUUCGAGGAAACCAAUCUGAAGGCGACCCAGAAAUGAAUCAUAGAAAGAGCUUCGUAAGCGUCAGCGAAAGCUCCAUCUCAGAAGGCAGUCUCGCUAGUAGCGGCGUCUUCUCACCCACACUCCUUUCAUGGCCCCCGCCCGACAAUGACGCGUCUCCAGUCAUUAAUCACGCAGCCUUCGCUUAUCUACCUAUGCCACUACAAUUGAAAAGGGAAACCAGUGACGGAGAGAGAUAUUCAGGAUCACCGAGUACUCGAGGAAACAGUUAUUAUUAA